AUGGAGAACCAGCAGCUACUUCCGGCGUCGGAGUUGUUUUGGGGCAGUCAUCACGAGAUCUGCCGGAUAGAAGGAGUCUGGUACCACGCGCGGCAUGUGGAAAGCAUAGCCGCCUUCAGGUCCGAAUUCGAGCCGAGGAAGGACGACAUUCUCUUGACAUCUUUCGUGAAAACAGGAACAACCUGGCUCAAAGCUCUCUGCUGCAACAUCCUCGACGAAGAAGAUAACGACGUUCUCGCGACGAGGAACCCCCACGAGGUGGUCCCCACGAUCGAGAUUGCUUUCCUCCAGGACCGAGUCCAACACAUGUUGCUCAAUUCCUCUCCGGAGCGCAGCCGACUGCUCCACGCUCACCUCCCCUACAGUCACCUGCCGGAGAAGGUGAGGAGCUCCUCGCCGCCGGGGUGCAAGCUCGUGCACGUGGCCCGGAACCCCAAGGACACGCUGGUGUCGAUGUGGCAUUUCUACAACAAGAACGAGAAGCUCUACACAAAUGGCCCGUUCCCGCUGGAGAGGGCGGUGGAGAUCUUCUGCGGUGGGGUCGUGCCCUGGGGCCCGUUUUACGACAACGUGCUGGGGUACUGGGAGGAGAGCAGGAAGCGGCCCGAGGAGGUGUUGUUUUUCAGGUACGAGGACCUGUGCAGAAACCCAGAAGAGCAAGUGAGAAAGCUGGCUUCGUUUCUUGGCCGGGAAACGAGCAGCAUGGAUGUGGAGAAGGUACUGUGGCGGAGCAGUCUGAACAGGCUCAAGGAGCUGGAAGUUAACAAGGAGUUGAAGGUCAACAAGGAUGAUGCUGUGAAGGAAGGGCAACGUGUUGGCAAUUCCGCAUUUUUUAGGACGGGAAUUGUGGGGGAUUGGAAGAACUAUUUGACUUCCGACAUGGCUCAACGUAUUGAUCAGCUCACACGAUUUAAACUGUAG